AUGUCCGAGGGAUCAUCAAUAACGAAUUCACCGCAAAUUCGGAAUUCGUUCACAUCAAACAGGUUAUCAACAGAUGGGACAAUCAACUUGAAUGAUGACUUGGCUGUAGAGUCCGAAUACUCAUCAAGUUCGUUUUUAUCCCACCAAGGUAAGAGCACUCAUAAGAGAUCAGGAUCUGCUAUAUCAUUCAGAACUAGCGUUGAUGCGGACAGCAGCUUUCUGUCGUCAGCCUAUUUCCCCAUAUUUAAUCAAAGCAACCAAGAAGAAAAACAAGGGAUCCCAAAGGAUGAAUUUUCUCCUUUGGGCCCUAACUCUAUUUACGAAUUAACAUUUGCAUCAGACUUGGCUAGGUCUAGAAGGAGUAGAACUCCAAAAACAUCUGUCACAAUUAAUGGGGGACUAACAAGUGUUCACAACUUGAUAGCGCCAAGUAAGCUGGACAUCCCUCAAGUUCAGUUGCUGAAAUUGACAAAGAAAGUAAAAAAUGAAGAUUUGGAAUCUCAUUUAUAUCGUGAAGUGGCCCAAGAAUAUAAAAAAUUCGAACUGAGUUAUAAACAACUUACCGAAGAUACACUUCAAAAGCUUGCUCAACAAGACAGCAGCUUCAAACGUGAAAUUGAUGGAUUUUCGUCCUCAUCUUUAUCUAGUUUGCACGAUAAUCGUGAUGUCGACGUCCUUGACAUGUCUGCCAUACCUGAAGUGUUUCGGAAUGAUGAUUUUAGAUUGGAUGACCCAAGAGUUUUUAAACAAGUGAUUGAAGGAUGUGAAUUGCUACCAGGGAACUCUAAAAAUGAUGAGGAGACUACAAUGUUUCUAAACAAUACGGAUAUCCAGGAAAAGCUAUCUCAAUACUUAGUCAUUGUUGAAAUUAAUCUUGUAAAAGCAAUCGAAAACUCAUCAGAGGAAUUUUUCAGUACUAUAGGUGAUAUAGAAGAAGUCCAGAAACAGUCUAAAUCAUGCAUUGACCAAUUCAAUAUUGUUUCCCAAAGAUUAGAGCAAUUACAAGAUAUGAAAUCUAAAAAAGGAUUAGCCAUCCUAAAAAAGUUGAAUGAAAGAAAAAAAGCAGAACAGCUCGAAUCUUCGUUGAUGCAAAUACAGUAUAUUACUACAUUGUUUGAAUUAGCUAAGAAAUCUUUCGCUAAUAAGAAUUUUUCGAGGUGCCUUAAUGAAAUUGUCAUGGUCGAAAAUUUAAUCGUCGGUGUUGAUUAUAAUCAAUUACUAGACGAAGAGACAAGGAAAUGCUAUCCUAAAUUUAAAUUACCAAUAAUCGAUAUUUCGGCACUCCCAGCAUUAGUUCAUAUGAGAAAUGAUUUAGAGAAUCUAAAGUCUGAGACUGCGAAAGGUUAUGUCAGUGACUUUGCUGAUCUUCUCUUAGAUGACCUACGUUCACAUUACAAAAAUGUACCCAUACAAGAUACUAUGAACCGAAUCUAUGUGGCAGCUUCUAAAAAUCGUAAUAAGAAUGCGGAAAUUUUAAACAUGUCUUAUAAAAUUAUGGAUGCUAAUACGAAAGAAAAACUUAAUCAUUUCGUUGAAAAUUUAGCUAAAUCGGGACACCUAAUAUCAGCAUACUCGAGUUACCAAGACAAAAUCAUUAUAGAAAUCAAAAAUAUAAUCAAAGAAAAGUUACCUGAGACAGGAAGAGCCCUGGUAGAUUCCUCAAGCGCUCCAUCGAGGUCAUCCUCAGUUCCUCCAGAAACGAAUAGUGGCCAAAAUCAUGUUUCUACAAGUAAUUCGCUAUCAUUUACAAUUCGGUCUUUAACUCCAAAUGAGUUCGAGGAAAUGCUCCGGAGCAUCUAUGCCAGCUUAUCGGAAUGUUUACGCCAUCUUACUAUACAGCAAAAGGUUUUGCUUGAUUUCGCCCUUAAAGUUAUUCCACCGGCUCAGUCGCAACAAGUAGAUGUCAUGUCCUUAGAUAUAACUGUCGCCAUUAAUAAAGCAAUAGAACUAACUCAAAUCAGACUCACAAAAGUUAUAAAUGUCCGACUGGAGCAAAUUGCUGACCUAAACUUUGAAUACUAUUCCAGAUUUUAUUCGUUAUCGUCAGCAUACCUAUAUGAAUGCGAAAUGAUCAAUCCUGGCUACGUUGCAAGUGGAGGUGGUAAUUCUUUAAACGAAUGGAUGAAGCAUCAUGUUAACUAUUUCGUUCAUAGGUUUCAUCUGAAUUCAUUGAAAUCGAUAGCUACUUAUUGUGACAAAGAAACUUGGGAAAAAGUCACCGAUUUGAAAGCUUUAAGUACCGAUCAAAAUAUAAUUGACGAAAUCAGUAGCUACUCAGAGUUUAUACAAAGUAAAGGGGCCCAUGGAGAUUCCUGUGAUAACUGGCUCAAAUCGUGUGACUUGUACAAAGAAAACGAUGAGAGUGCUGUUCCCGAGAGCGAAGUGAUCACAAAAAAUAGAAAUGGUAAGAUAACUGUUGAAAAUGAGUCCUUUAUAAUCCCUUCGUUAGUGUCAAAGUCUUUAAUUCAGAUGAAGCAAUACUUAUCUAUCGGAAAAUUGUUCCCAAACACUUUAUCUUUAAUUGAGCAUAAUAUAUUGUCUUUUUAUAAGCUUAUGAACUCAAAAACAGCUCAAGCAGUUUUGAAUGCAGGUGCAACUAGAACGGCAGGAUUAGAACAUAUAAAGACGAGGCAUUUGGCACUCUGCAUCCAGUUUAUCGACCUCAAUAUCGUUAUUUUGGGGAUUACUGAAAAUAUUUUUAAGCAGUCGCGCUCAGCAUCUCCUCCGAUUCAAGGUAAGGAGCCAUUAACCUUUGAACGUAUCAUCGGUUAUUAUAAGGACCAUGACAAUGAGCUCACUUCAAAAUUAGUCUCAAUAAUGUAUGAUCGUACUGUGGGUCAUUGUAAUGCAAUUAGUUCAAUUGACUGGUCACAACCACUUAAGAGCUCUCAGCAAUGUCAUCCUUAUAUGGAUGUUUUGGUAAAAGAAACCACCACUGUAACCAAGGUUUUAUCAAGGUAUUUGCCAGAGCUUAAGUGUGCCAUGAUUUUACUGAAAAUAUUCGACAACUAUAAGAAAUUGUUGGUAGAAUGCUUUUGUACUAAAUUACCCCAGUUCAAAGAUUUCAACGAAAAGCAUUCUGUUUUGAAAGAUAUUGAUUAUUUUAGGGUUAAGCUUUGUGAAUUGCCUGGCUACGGAAAUUCUGGCCAAGUGAUAUGGGAGAACGUGAAUUCUUUGCCAACAUUUGAAGAUACUAAGAUGGAAGAAAUCAUGAGAAAUAACAUUGAAGGUGAAAGAAAAAAGAAGAUUGAACAGGAGAAAUUAGAACAAGAAGAUCAUGAUAUGAAGUCCAGCCAAGAUGUCAUGUCAGAUCAUGAACCAAAAAGCUUAUCUCCAAAAGCCAGGCCGAAUGAUCAAUCACAAGCGGACAAAAACGAGUCAUUAGAAUCAAGUGACUUAAAAGUCGACGAAAAAGAAACCUCAAGCUUAAUAAAAGAUAAGGAUGAGAAAGAGCUAGAAGCUUUGACGGCAAAUAGCUUAAAAGAAGAGGACAAAGAUUCAUCGACCUUAGACGAAGAUGAUGAGGAAACUGGCAAGUCUCAGGAGUUGAAGAAAGACAAUUCUGAAAGCAUUGAUAAGGGAAAAGAAAGUGAUACUCCAGCAAACACGUCCGAACCUGAUCCCGAAAGCUUAUCUGAACCCGAAAGGAUACCUAAACCUGACAGCUCAAAAACCUGA